AUGCGACGCGCUCUUUUGAUUUUUAUCUUAAUCAGCCUCUUCAUUAUUACUCUCCUGGUUCGCAGUGUUUCGACACUGCUAUCGCUACUCGUCGAAAAUGCCGCGGCCGACGCGAUUCGCGGCGCCGAGCUACCCUCACCAAACUCCACCUUGAUCGAACAACUUCACCAGAUAAUUCCCAAAAUUAUUCACCAAACUUACAAAAACGACACCAUUCCAGAGGUAUGGCUCGAUGCCCAGCAGACCUGCAUUGACCUGCACCCAGACUAUGAGUAUAUUCUGUGGACGGAUGAAAAGUCGCGCGACUUUAUUGCCGCCGAAUAUCCCUGGUUUCUCGAGACUUUUGACGGCUAUAAAUAUCCCAUUCAGCGCGCAGAUUCAAUUCGUUAUUUCGUUCUGGCACACUACGGCGGAACAUAUAUCGAUUUGGACGAUGGCUGCAAUCGUCGCUUAGAUCCCUUGCUCGUUUACCCCGCGUGGGUGCGCCGCACCGUACCAACUGGUAUCUCCAACGAUGUAAUGGGUUCGGUACCCCAGCACCCAUUCUUCCUGCGCGUGAUCGAAUUGCUCCAGCAGUACGACCACCACUGGCUCCUCCCCUACAUCACCGUUAUGUACUCGACCGGGCCGCUCUUCCUGUCGGUUGUCUGGAAAGAGUACAUGCAGGACCACCUGUCCGAGACGAGCCGUGUCCGCAUUCUUAUGUCGGAUGAGUACCAGAAGCACUCCUGGAGUUUCUUCACUCACCACACUGGAAAUAGCUGGCAUGGCAAGGAUGCGCGUUUAAUUUUCUGGAUGGGCCAACACUGGAUCUUCCUCACCUUUUGCGGUUUCUUCCUCGCCGCUGCCAUGGGCUUCUGCCUCUUCUGGACUUAUGGUCGAAUUGUCCUCUUAGGGGGCCAGCAUCGCUACCGCUACAGCAAGGUCCCUUCAAUCGUCAGCCCAUCCGGCUUAUCAUCUUCGCCUUCACGAUGCGCGCGUCACAUGGUGUACGCAUUGCUAUGGAGAAUAAGCUCCAAAGGAGACGAGGCCACCAAAACCUUGUACGGAUUCGGUGACGUCAACGCCUGA